CCUCGCGUGCCCGCCAAGUUGCUGAGCCGCCCGCGCCGCACCGGCAGGCUCUCCUCCCGGCUCCGCCGCCGCUAUGGGCGCGCUGGCCAGGGCGCUGCUGCUGCCGCUGCUGGCCCAGUGGCUCCUUCGCGCGGACCCCGCGCUGGCCCCCGCGCCCUUCACGCUGCCCCUCCAAGUGGCCUCGGCCACCCGCCACCCGGCUUCGCCCGCCCCAGAGCCCGUGACCUCCGCACUGGCCCGCGCCAAUGGCCUGGCGCUCGCCUUGGAACCCGCUGGAGUCAAUGCCAACUUCUUGGCCAUGGUGGACAAUCUGCAGGGGGACUCUGGCCGCGGCUACUACCUGGAGAUGCUGAUUGGGACUCCCCCGCAGAAGACACUUCAAGCAGCGAGAAGUCAAAGAAACUGGAAUCCACACUCUUCAUYGCCUCUUUUCUCUCUGGGUUGGAUGUCAGAGUGUGCGUGCCCCUGGGGUCUUGGAGUGAUUGGAACCACGUGGGCUGCCAGGUCUCGGGCCUCAUCCCUGCACCAGCUACAGAUUCUCGUCGACACUGGAAGCAGUAACUUCGCCGUGGCAGGUGCCCCCCAUUCCUACGUAGACACCUACUUUGACGCAGAGAGGUCCAGCACCUACCGCUUCAAGGGCUUCGAAGUCACUGUGAAGUACACACAGGGCAGCUGGACUGGCUUCGUGGGGGAGGAUGUGGUCACCAUCCCCAAGGGCUUCAAUAGUUCGUUUCUUGUCAACGUCGCCACUAUUUUCAAGUCAGAGAAUUUCUUUCUGCCUGGGAUCAAAUGGAAUGGAAUACUUGGACUUGCUUAUGCCACCCUGGCCAAGCCAUCAAGCUCUCUGAAGACCUUCUUCGAUUCCCUGGUGACUCAAGCAAAGAUCCCCAACGUCUUCUCCAUGCAGAUGUGUGGGGCGGGACUGCCAAUUGCUGGAUCUGGUACCAACGGAGGUAGUCUUGUCCUGGGUGGAAUUGAACCCAGUCUGUAUACRGGAGACAUCUGGUAUACCCCCAUAAAGGAGGAGUGGUAUUAUCAGAUAGAAAUUCUGAAAUUGGAAAUCGGAGGCCAGAGCCUUAAUCUGGACUGCAAAGAGUACAACGCGGACAAGGCCAUCGUGGACAGCGGCACCACGCUGCUGCGCCUGCCCCAGAAGGUGUUCGACGCGGUGGUGGAGGCCGUGGCCCGCACGUCCAUGAUUCCAGAAUUUUCUGACGGGUUCUGGAGCGGGGCCCAGCUGGCGUGCUGGGCGAAUUCUGAAACGCCGUGGUCCUACUUCCCUAAGAUCUCCAUCUACCUGAGGGAGGAGAACUCCAGCCGAUCCUUCCGCAUCACCAUCCUGCCUCAGCUGUACAUCCAGCCCAUGAUGGGGGCUGGCCUGAACUAYGAAUGCUACCGAUUCGGCAUCUCCUCCUCCACCAACGCGCUGGUGAUCGGUGCCACCGUGAUGGAAGGCUUCUACGUGGUCUUCGACAGAGCGCACAAGAGGGUGGGCUUUGCUGCCAGCCCGUGCGCAGAGAUGGCAGGUGCUCCAGUGUCUGAGAUCGCGGGGCCCUUCUCCACCGAAGACAUAGCCAGCAACUGUGUCCCCGCCCAGGCUUUGAAUGACCCCAUUCUGUGGAUCGUCUCCUACACCCUCAUGAGCGUGUGCGGAGUCAUCCUCCUCAUCCUGAUCCUCCUGCUGCUCAUCCCCUUCCAGUGCCGGCACACGCCCCGGGACCCCGAGGUCGUCAACGAUGAGUCCUCUCUCGUCAGGCAUCGCUGGAAAUGAAGAGCCACGUCUGACUCUCUGACCUUGACCUUGGCUCUCCACAGGACUCGGCGUCCAGGGUGCCGCGUGGGUCGGGCCAGGCUCCUUCCUCUGUGCGUUGGUGGGGAAUCUCGUCCUGCUCCCACAUGCCUUCCAGAUUCACUGUACCUUGAUUAUUCUUGAUCUUAAAGCUUCCGGUUCUUCUUUCCUACUUCCAAGAAAAAUGGUAAUAAAAAAACACCUCAUUCUAAACCAAAAUGGAGUGGAUCGGGCUUCAGGCUUUACGGAGCURCAAACUGACCAGGUGUGCCAUCAAAAAAAAAAAAAAAAAUAGAAAAAAAAAAUGGCAAGCCAUGACUGGCUUUCUUUCUCUAACCUCUUGAAAAAUGUGUGUGCAGAGGGCUCAUAACCCUGUGAGCUUCCUGGGAGCCUUUGUAUUAAUAGUAUCUAAGGGUAUUUUGCACCAGGCUUUGGCGUGGGUUGGGUGGCACUGGAAGACUUUGCAACAUGGUGCAGGAGGAGCCGUGGCCCCAGCCCUCACCAGCCUCUCCUGAGACGCGGAGUUUCCUUCCCGUUGAGGCACAGGUGAGGGGGACCUGCUCUUUUGUACCCAAUGACGCUGUGCUAUUGUUGGUGGAAAGUUAAAGUACUACCUCUAUGACUUUGCCCAGGGUCCUGAGACUGGGUGGGGUGGGGCAGCUUGACGCCAGCUGUGUCCUCACCCACCAGAGUCCUCAUCCCACCAGGUGAGAAGGGUCCUCUGAGCUUGGUUCUGCGGCCACGCUGGCUGGGACCACACACCCUUCCUCCUGCGCAGCUCARUCAGCAGGGCCUUCAGGAGCUAGACAAAUGCGACUCUGAUGGCAGAGUUGUUUCUGUUUCUAGGUCUUCUCUGGCAGUGGGUGGGUUGGCCCUCUCUGGGAAACAGAGAAGUGGCUAAAGGCCCACGCUCUGACCCACUGCGGGGAAGCCAGGGGAGGGACGCGGAGGAGCUCUGACUCUCCCUGAGCUCUCAAGCCAUGUGCUUCCCUCUGAGAACCGCGGGGCUCAGGGUGACUGCCCGGAUGCGCUCAACCAGAGCUGUUUGGCCGUCGGCCUUUGUGCAUUUGGCCUUUGGUGGCAGGUGUUUAGCRGAGUCCUUGUUUGGGGGGAAAUCCCCACUUGCUGUCGCUCAUUUGAGGCCUUUGCCAAAGAGAAGUGGAGCCUUAACUCGCUGCAGCCGGCUUACAUGACCUGAUGCAAUCAGAAGGUCCCGAGCCAGUCUCCCUUCUCUCUUCACUUUGCAGUGCUCCUGGGGCGGGUUCGGGGUAUUAUAGGAUUCCUAUCAGCAGUGCUAAGCAGCCCCCUCCCCGGCAGGAGUGUUCUUGUUGUGCGUGUGGACGUUCAGGCCACCCAGGCAGGUCACGGUGAGCUCGUAGAUGCUGGCUAAAGAAUCUUCUGUGAGAUUCCYGAGGGGGGAGAGCUGAGCUGGAUCUGAGAGGACGCUGAGCACACAGAGGGAAGAGAGGAGUGUCCUGGCCUGCUCUGGUCUURGCUGGCCUCUGCUAACCAUUUCAAAAUGUGUUGCAGAGCUAGACAUCUCUGGCAGUGGAUUUCACUUCUUAUCCCGAUGACUUCUCCAUGGAUUCCUGUUUUGUGGGCCUCUUUGUAUCAAAAUGAAGCCAGUUAUCCUAGACUGCACCUCCUCUUUGCUGAAAAAAAACCUGACCCCUGAAAUAACAGGAGGGGUGCGGGGUGUGGCCGGCAGCUGGGCUGUGGGUCCUGGGGCAGGUGCCGUCUGUUCCUCUUUGCUCUCCUGGUUUCUGAGUGGGGAUGGUUCUGCCGCGGCAGAUCAGCAGGCACAGCUCUCAGAAUACAGGAGCCUAACAAAUCAGGUUCCCCGGAGGCCCUGGAUGGAGUUUGCAAUAAUGCUCUUUGCUGCGCAUCUAAUUUCCCUACCUUUGCAUCUCCGAYGCCAUUGGAUGUGACAUUUUAAUGGGAAUGCUUAAAUUACAAAAGCAUAAUUUAGCAACAAGAGUGGAACAGACAGUUGAAUUUAGGACACUUUCCUGGCAUGCAUUGCAGCUGAAAAUUGGACUUUGAGUCCAAACUGUAAUAGUGACACCCACCUCCUCAAGUUAUGUAAAUUGAGACUGCCUGACACACCCGCAGAGAGAUUUGCUUUGAACAGGAAGGGAGGCUGCAGCCCUUUGAGGGUGUCAUUUUUUACCUUGCAAUUCACCAUGGAAGGUUCUGGAAAAUAGCCCUGGCCUGAAAGGAGCAACUGAGCGAGUGCAUGUUAGAAGCCUCCUCAGCUUCAGGGUGGAGCAGGUUCUCCAUGAACCAGCUUAUUUUAAGUAGCGUGCUGCUUCCUUCUUGAUAACUUACUCAGAAGUCUGAAGUGAAGCCCUGCCUUCAGAAACUGGAACUAUUUAUAAAAUACAGCAAGAAGCGAGGUGGGGGUUGAGUCUGUUUCCCCCUUGGGAAUUCAAAGGAAGCAUGAGUGCCUGGUAUCUGAUCCGCUGGCUCAUGUCCCACGCCCUAUUGCCUUUCUUCUGAGCCCAMAACAAGUGCCUGGCACUGAAGAAGCCCUGCCCUGUGCACCACCCCGGCUGCUCCAGCUCAACACUGUGCUUCUGAGCCCGGAGAAGGACGUCUCCCGGCGCAUCCUGAAGCCCAGAGGUUUGAGUUGGAGAUAGCCUUGGGGUCAGUGAUCAGAACUGUGGAGCCAUUCCCAGCAAGACAGCAGUAAGGACGCCAUGGAGCUUGGGGCCAUAGAUUUGGGGAUUCAGCUGCAAUUAGGGGAUUCAUUCUCUCCCUUAAGAGGAGAAAGAAAAGGAAUCAUUUAAUUAUUUAGUCAAAAAUGGGGGUUUGUUGAAUUCUUCAUGCCACAUCCCAUUUGGUGGAUCUGCCACACAGGGUCCCAUCCUGAGUUCUGGCUUCCUGCCGCUCCAUGUCCCCAGGAAUAAGUCAGUGCCAAACUGUAUUUCAUAACCAGGAGUAAUUGGGUUUCACGGCCUUUAUCCUUAUUAGUGGAAAUUAGAUAAUUAGGUAGAAACCCAAUAUGUUUUCUCUUGCACAAACUAUUUAGAAUUUAUUAUGGAACCAUUCAGGGAAAAAAAACUUACCCUAAGAUUUUUUUUCUUUUUUUAAAGAAAAACUGCCCAACACCAUAAAAGGUACAGUGGUGGGGUCUGCCAAGGGAGAGACUAGAUUUUUAGUACUAGAUAAACUCCACAAAUCUCUGUUAGGCUUAACAUUUUUUAGACUUGAACUUGUGAUUCUUUAUCAAUUCAAAAGCCAUKGGGAAACAUUCUUUGGGGGUGGGGGAGGGGAUGAUGGGAUUCCCAGUGUACCGACUGACGGGGAAGCAGGUUUGACGCCUUCAGGAAACGUGCUGUCAUUCUGGCCACCUCAGGUUUCUUUCUCACAGUUGCUGGGUCUGUGGAGAUGUGAUCUGUUUUAGAGAUCCAGGCCCCAGAUGGCAAGAAUACUCACGAUCRUGUCCCUAUCAGCAUUAAUGGCCUGAGACAAGGUGGGCUGGUAGCCUGGGAGCUGCCCACUGGGGAGGGAUGUCCACUCCAGAGACAGAGUGCAGGGUCAUCCGUGUUUGGUGGACUCCGGGAAGAGGGCAGGACAGGAAGGAGCCAGAAGAGAGGUGGACCCACAGUCUGCAUUUGUGCCAAGACACUGUGGGCUACUGUCCCAGAGGGUCCUCUCAGACUGGUCACUGCAGGAGAGGAGCCAUGAGACUGAAGGAACUGGCUUUAUAGCCAUAUUUAGAACCCUGUUCUAGUGAAUAGAGAGGCCCAAACUGCCCAGCAGGACCCAGGCCUCAGCCUGCAGGUCCAGGGCUACGACGGAGGACUUUGGAAGGCAGGGUCAAGAGACUGAGGCCAGGGGACCUUGCCAGGUUACCUAUGGGGUCUGAGCUCCUGGGAAGGGCUCCUGGCAGCUGCUGCCUGGAUAGUCUUCCCGAGAACAGAGUCACUCGGGCCAGCCCAGCCACUCUGACCACACUCCUUUCCCAGACACUUCCAGAAAGAAGAACUUGAGGGAAGCCAGAUCCUUCCUCAGGUCACUGCUGUCCGCCUCCGAGCCCUGCCCCCAGGGUGGCCCCCAGCCUCAGCAGCCCUAGCAGGUCCAGGAGGCCCCAAAGGGAACCUCAGUCCUAUCCAGAAUCAGCAUGGGGCAGGGCCACACUGAGAAUGGGCCAGGCCCUUCCCUUGGUACAGGUGUGCGUGUUYAGGAUGAGUGGGGCCAGGGUGGCCGGGACACAGGACGCACCCACAGAGCCCCACACGUCACAGCCCGAACAGAACCUUGCUGGUGUGGAUCUGUGACUCUGCUGUGUCCUCCCAGGUGCUGGGUGUGGGCUGCAGACUUGGUUUCAGGUGACAUGGCWCUGCUCACAGCGGGGCCUCUAGAAGGAGACCAGCAACCUGGGCCUCUCUUGCCACCAGCCCCACUUUGACAUUGAUGUGUGUCCGGGGUCUCCAACGAGCUGGGAGACAAGUUUUUGUUCACAACACAGGCACAGACAGGCGUGUCACGAGGAGCCCAGUGUCCCCCCAUGACCAGGCCUCUUUCUUUCUGGUAGAGGCCAGCUGCGGACUCUGAGCUGUCUCCUGAUGUGAGCGGGUUUCCACCUGUUACAUAGUGGGGCUCCACGGAAGAGAAAUUCCACAGGUUUCACGUCUCUGAGCUGGGCUCUCAGAGCAAAGUGUUCAGAGGGCAUUCAAAGGCUGUCUUCUUUUGAGAUCAAGGGGGUGGGGGGAACUGCUAAUCAAGGAUCUGUUAAUCAAUAUUAAAAAUCACAAUAAAAUUUAUUAACAAAUUGUUUGCAAUUUUGUGUUCUUUGUUGCUAGGGGUAUGGAACUGGGGGUCACCUCCCCCCGCCACAGUUUCCUAAUUGUGGAUGCGAUGUCACACAUGGUCAUCAGCAAGGGCGGAAGUUCUGUUUGGUGUAGCAAUUGCUCGGUACACGUGAGCACUUGGAGAAUGAACGGGAUCUGUCACGUGCUAAUGACAGAUUCAUGGGAUCUAAAAUGACGUAUUUUCUACCAUUUCUGUUCAUCUUUACUGUUGACCAUUCUUGAGGUUUAAAAUGCCGGUGUGGGGGCAUUGGGAGGGGCCACUCAUCUCUCCUUAAAGUGACGGGCUCACUGCCACGUGGGCAGUGGCUGUUAGGGUUCUGGCGGAAGAGCUUCCAGCCUGCACUGAAUUCUAAGCAGAUGCCAAAAGUAGAGCCUGGCAAAAUGUAUUUUAUGCAUAUCUCAGAUUUAUAUCUUUUAACACAUGAUUCCUAAGUGUAACUUGUAUUUCUGGCAAUGCUUAAAAUGAUUUUAUAUUUCCCUUUUGGAAUUUUCCUCCAUUUCCAGUACACUGACUUUAAUUAUAGUUGUGAUUUGAACAAGAAGAUAUUCAUUCCAUCUUUGAAGGGGCUCAGCGGYCGUGGACAAAUGUAGAAAUGAUUGCUGUGCAAAACAUGGAGUUUUCUAAAAUGACCUUAUUUUUAUACUUAUGCUGCACUGAUUUAA